AUGCAAUUUACAUAUAGGUUGUUGGUUGCUUGGGUGCGAGUAAGUGAAGGAAGUGAGACAACGGUGUCUGCUGCAAUUAUAACAAAAGAAAACACAAAGAGGAUUAUUGCCUCUGGAAAUGCCUAUCCUGGUUGUUGGACCAUGCUUAAAGGAGGCUUUCAACCAGAAUUUCCUCUUCAAACUGAAGUGUAUUUUGUAUGUUACAACAAGACAGUUGACUUUUGGGUGGAUAACGUUUCGUUGAAAGAGUUCAACAAAACCGAAUGGCUUGAACACCAACAGAGGGCCAUAGCACAGGUAAGAAAGAGGAAAAUAGUGCUAGAAAUGAGGGACAAAUUAGGAAAACCAAUCCAGGGAGUGAAAGUAAAUAUCAAGUUCACAAAACCAUUUUUCCAUAUUGGUUGUGCUGUUACAGAAACCCUAAUGCAGUACAAGAAAUACCAAGAAUGGUUUCUUAAAAAGGGAUUUACUGCAACUGUAUUCACCAAUCAAAUGAAGUGGUACUGGACAGAAAGUCGUCGAGGGAUAGAAAACUACACAACACCAGAUGCCAUGUUCCAAUUCUUCAAGAGUAACGGGAUAGAAAUUAGAGGGCACACUGUUCUGUGGGACAAACCUAAAAUGAAUCAGUAUUGGCUGCACGAUAUGACCCCCAAAGAGCUUUUGGCUACAGCAGUGAGGCGUAUCGCCUCUGUCAUGGCACGAUAUUCAAAUGAUAUUUUCGAAUGGGAUGUUGUGAACGAGAACAUGCACUUCAAUUUUUAUGAAGAAAAGAUUGGACCACAGGCUUCUGGCAUGUUUUAUCACAUUGCACAUGUCAUUGAUCCGAAUGCAACGUUAUAUCUCAAUGAGUUUAACACCCUUGAAACUCCAGGAGAUGUAUAUGCAUGUCCUCAUAAGUAUAUAAAUAAUUGGAGAGGUAUCAGAUCAUAUCCAGGCAACGAGAACUUGACAGUAGGAUUUGGACUACAAGCUCAUUUUAAACCAAUAAGACCACUGAUGCCUUACGUACGAGCUGUCUUUGAUUAUCUCAGUGAAACCAAAAUGCCCAUUUGGCUAACCGAAAUGGAUGUUGAAAUUAAUCCAAAUCAGGCAGUUUACUUGGAAGAAAUCAUGAGAGAGGCAUUUUCACAUCCAGGAGUGGAAGGAAUGAUAGUGUGGGCAGCAUGGAGGCCAGGAAUGAAUUGCACUGGCUUGUGCUUGAUGGAUGACAAUUUCAACAACACGCCGAUAGGAGACGUUGUAGACAAACUCAUGGCAGAAUGGAGAACUCCUGAGCAAAAUGGAAAAACAGAUUCCCGUGGACUUUAUAAAUUUCAUGGUUUUCUUGGAGACUAUACCCUCACACUUUUUGAUCCUCACUCUCUCAACAAAGUUACAAGGCAAAUUAAAAUUACAAACAAGGAUCCAAACCCAGUACUCAUCCCUAUUUCCAUAUAA